ACACGAGCGAUUUUUUUCUCAGCCACACGCUUCAGGAUGUUAAAAUUCAGCAUCUUCUACUACUACUACUACUUCUUCAACUACUACAACAACUACUACUAUCACGACUACUACAACUACAACAAAUACUACUACAACUACUACUUCUUCAACUACUACUAUCACGACUACUACAACUACAACAAAUACUACUACAACAACUACUACUACUAUCACGACUACUACAACUACAACAAAUACUACUACAACAACUACUACUAUCACGACUACUACAACUACAACAAAUACUACUACAACAACUACUACUACUAUCACGACUACAACAACUACAACAAAUACUACUACAACAACUACUACUACUAUCACGACUACUACAACUACAACAAAUACUACUACAACAACUACUACUACUAUCACGACUACUACAACUACAACAAAUACUACUACAACAACUACUACUACUAUCACGACUACAACAACUACAACAAAUACUACUACAACAACUACUACUACUAUCACGACUACUACAACUACAACAAAUACUACUACAACAACUACUACUACUAUCACGACUACAACAACUACAACAAAUACUACUACAACAACUACUACUACUAUCACGACUACUACAACUACAACAAAUACUACUACAACAACUACUACUACUAUCACGACUACUACAACUACAACAAAUACUACUACAACAACUACUACUACUAUCACGACUACUACAACUACAACAAAUACUACUACAACAACUACUACUACUAUCACGACUACUACAACUACAACAAAUACUACUACAACAACUACUACUACUAUCACGACUACUACAACUACAACAAAUACUACUACAACAACUACUACUACUAUCACGACUACUACAACUACAACAAAUACUACUACAACAACUACUACUACUAUCACGACUACUACAACUACAACAAAUACUACUACAACAACUACUAUCACGACUACUACAAAUACUACAACAACUACUACUAUUAUCACGACUUCUACAACUACAACAAAUACUACUACAACAACUACUACUAUCACGACUACUACAACUACUACUACAACUACUACUACUAUCACGACUACUACAACUACUACUACAACUACUACUAUUAUCACGACUACUACAAAUACUACAACAACUACUACUAUCACGACUACUACAAAUACUACUACAACUACUACUAUUAUCACGACUACUAGAACUACUACUAACUACUACAAAUACUACUACAACAACUACUUCUACAACAACAACUACAACUUCUUCUACUACAACAACAACAACAACUACUUCUACUAAUAAUAAUGCCACUAUAUUUAGAGGUGGCACAGUUGUCCAGUGAGUAAUGAAGUUGCCACACAGCACCCAUCCAGGGUCUUCUCCCCCAGAGUCUUCCCAGGUUCAGUAUAGUGCAAAGUGGAGCAGAGCCAGAGCUGCAGUCCAUUGCCAUGGAAGGAAGAGGACCCAAAUCAAUCAGAUAUGCAGGGCUUAAUUCUGUCUGUGUGCAGCUUGACCCUGGUCUUUCUGACUAAUUGGAUGACCACACUGUCUGGAUCUCAUGAACCACUUCCCACACCGUUACUCUGAGUACUGGCAUUCUUCAGGUCCGUGUUCAGCCACUGAUGAUACAUGACUGCACUAUGCGGCGUGACUCAAACUGUAUCAUCAAUUUUGUAGAUGAUCCUACAGUUUUUGAGAAUUCCUGAGCAUGGAUGAGACAGAGUGUGCUGUGUGAGAUACAUUGGGCUUGAUUUGUCUAAGCUGGUGGAUUUUUUUAAAGGUAAAGACAGUUUGGUGGUUUCAUGACCAGGUGCUGCUUUUAUACGCUACUCACAAAAAGUUAAGGAUAUUCGGCUUUCAGGAUGCACCUAAAAUGCACUAUAACCUUUCCAGGUGAAUUUAAUUUGACCUUCUCUACACUUUUGAAUGCACAUGUCCACCUGUUCAGUGUUUCAGUACUUUUUGCAUAACUUGCUGUUCUCUAACAAGGUGCUUAAUGGCAAAAUUCACAACUGGUGUUUGAUCCAUAAAUCGACCGAUACAUUUUCUGGUUCAAUUAGAAUUGGUAUUUAAACAGUCCUCUUCAUCAUACUGUUCACAUUUUGACAUCAUGAGACCAAGACCACACCUAACAAUUGAUCAACAGUACCUCACCUUUGUGAGGCUUCAAACAGGAUGUUCUCAGAGGGAAGUGGCCACUGAGCUUAGAGUGUCACAGAGUGUCAUCAGCAGGUUGCGACAGAGAUACAGAGAGACUGGAAGAGUCACAGAAAGGUAUAGAAGUUGACGUUCUUUUGGCCACAUCCCACUUUGAUGACUGCUUCACUGUGAACAGUGCCCUGCGGAACCGGAUGAUGAAUGCCACUCAACUCCAGGCACAUUUAAGGGAGGUGAGAGGCAGCCAAGUGUCAUGUCAGACCAUUCAAAACCAUUUACAUCAGCGUGGUCUGUGUGCUAGACGACCUGCAAGGGUACCUGACCACACCACCAGGCACAGGCGUUGGGCCAGGGAGCAUUUACACUGGACGAGGGACCAGUGAGCCUCAGUGCUGUUCUCUAAUGAAAGUCGAUUCACGUUGAGCAGAAAUGAUGGCCGCCAACGAUGUUGGAGACGUCAAGGAGAGCGCUAUGCAUCAGCCACUGUUGUGGUGGUGUUACAGUCUGGGCAGGUGUGUCUACUCAAUACAGAACUGCCCUACAUCUUGUAAAUGGUACAGUGACAAGCCAAUACUACCUGAAUAACAUCAUUAAUCCAGUCAUUGUGCCCCUGCAUGAACAACACAGGCCUAAUUUCAUCUUCAUGGACGACAAUGCUCCAGCUCAUCGAGGUUGCAUCGUUAGGGAAUGGCUGCUGGAGGCUGGGGUACCUCAAAUAGAGUGGCCUGCACUUUCUCCAGACCAGACUGAGUCGCCGUGUAGAGACUCGUAACCCUGCUCCCCAGAACCUCAAUGACCUGAGGGCCGCCCUUCAAGAAGAGUGGAAUGCCAUGCCUCAGCAGACAGCUGAGUCGACUCGUGAACAGCAUGAGACGUCGUUGUCAAGCUGUAAUUGAUGGUCAAGGGCACAUGACAAAUUAUUGAGACAAAUUGUUUGAGAUGAGGAAAUCAUCAUUGCAUGCUUCUACUUAAAUGCCCUACUUUCAUGAUAUAAUAUCACUGUAGUGUGAACUUUUUACAUUUUCCAUAAAUUUCACCCAAAAGCCAAAUCCUUAACUUUUUGUGAGUAGUGUAUUUUUCCCUCCUAAUGACCUCAAUGUGUUGAAAAUGUGGAAAAAGUUUGUCUGGUAAUGAAAUGCAGUCUGUACGACUCUGUUAUAAUUUGUGCACCUCUAAAAUAAA